GAGAGAGAGAGAGAGAGAGAGAGAGAGAGAGAGAGAGAGAGAGAGAGAGAGAGAGCUUUUCACCUAUAUAAUUGAUUUCAUCUUCUAUCUAUUCCUCAAAACAAAACAACCUGUUUGGGCUGGUUUCUCCGAUCGAUCAUGGCUACCACCACAACGGCAGCUGAGCAACUUUGCUAUGUUCCAUGUAACUUCUGCAACAUAGUUCUUGCGGUAAGCGUCCCAUGCAGCAGUCUGUUCGACAUCGUGACUGUCCGAUGCGGCCACUGCACCAAUUUAUGGUCUGUAAACAUGGCAGCUGCUCUUCAGUCGCUUUCACGCCCUAAUUUCCAGGCAACACCCUAUGCAAUGCCAGAGUAUGGAUCUUCCUCAAGAGGCCACACCAAAAUUUCUUCCAGAAUUUCAGCUCGUACCAUUACUGAGCAAAGAGUUGUAAACCGUCCUCCGGAGAAGAGACAGCGAGUACCUUCAGCCUACAAUCAAUUUAUAAAAGAGGAAAUUCAGAGGAUCAAGGCUAAUAAUCCAGACAUAAGCCACAGAGAAGCAUUCAGCACCGCCGCUAAGAACUGGGCACACUUUCCUCAUAUUCACUUUGGUCUAAUGGUGGAGAGCAACAAGCAAGCUAAGCGAGCUUAAUAAUUAUAGGUGUGUAUGAUAACAAGUGCUGAAGCUUUGAAGUACAAGGGGACAAGUGCUGAGAAGACAACUAUUUAUCAAAUGUUAUAUUUAUCAUUGAGAAGCUAAAUAUCACUCACUAGGUAUAUAUUUUAUGAUCUUGGGGAACCGUCUGAUCAUAUCUAUAUAUAAGUGAAGAUAUCUAUCAUUAAAACCAGACUAAGAUAUAUUUUAUUAAUAAGCUGAUUAUGAUUUAUUUUGUAUGGCAUUUGUGUGGUUUGUGUCACAAGAUGUAUGAUUUCCUGUAACCCCUCUAUGUAUCUAUGUUUUGUCAACAAUCCCUCCAUACAUCUAUACCAUUAAGUGUUUACA